AUGCAGGGCACCCAAGGAGGAGCAAUAGGCCCUGGGCUGUCCCCUGUGGACAGACGGACGCUUCUGGUCUGCAACUUUAUCCUGGCUGUAGCUUGGGGCCAAAUGAAUUUCACAGGAGACCAGGUUCUUCGAAUCCUGGCCAAAAAUGAGAAGCAGCUGUCACUUCUCAGGGAUCUGGAGAGCCAGAAGCCUCAGAAGGUGGACUUCUGGCGUGGCCCAGCCAGACCUAGCCUCCCCGUGGACAUGAGAGUUCCCUUCUCUGAACUGCCCAGUGUUAAAGCGUAUUUGAAGUCUCACGGCCUUGCCUACAGCGUCAUGAUAAAGGACAUCCAGGUGCUGCUGGAUGAAGAGAGAAACGCCAUGGCCAAGUCCCGCAGGCUGGAGCGCAGCACUAACAGCUUCAGCUAUUCCUCUUACCACACCCUGGAUGAGAUAUAUAGCUGGAUCGACAACUUUGCAGCUGAACAUUCUAAUCUUGUCUCCAAAAUUCACAUUGGCAAGACCUUUGAAAAUCGGUCCAUUCUUGUCCUGAAGUUCAGCACCGGAGGUCCAAAUCGCACGGCUAUCUGGAUCGACACUGGGAUUCAUUCCCGGGAGUGGAUCACCCACGCCACCGGCAUCUGGAUCUCACAGAAGAUUGUCAAUGCAUAUGGCAAAGACCAUGUCUUGAAAAAAAUAUUGAAUGCUAUGGACAUUUUCAUAGAGAUUGUCACCAACCCUGAUGGCUUUGCUUUUACUCAUACCAUGAAUCGCUUGUGGAGAAAAAAUAAGUCAAGUCAACCCGGCAUUGUCUGCAUUGGCGUGGACCUCAACAGGAACUGGAAGACAGGCUUUGGAGGAAAUGGUUCUAACAAAAACCCCUGCUCAGAGACUUACCGAGGGCCCGCACCGGAGUCAGAGCCAGAGGUAGCAGCAAUUGUGGGCUUCAUCACAGGCCACGGGAACUUCAAAGCUAUGAUCUCCAUCCACAGCUACUCUCAGAUGGUCAUGUACCCUUAUGGCCAUUCUCUGGAGCCUGUGCCUAACCACAAAGAGCUGUUCAAACUUGCCGAGGCUGCAGUAAAGGCUCUCUACAAGGUUCACGGGAUCCAGUACAUUUUUGGCAGCAUCAGCACCACCCUCUAUUCAGCCAGUGGGAUCACGGUGGACUGGGCUUAUGACAGCGGCAUCAAGUACGCCUUCAGCUUCGAGCUCCGGGACACUGGAAAAUAUGGCUUCCUGCUGCCAGCCUCACAGAUUGUUCCCACAGCCGAGGAGACGUGGAUGGCAUUACGGACCAUCAUGAGACACACCCUGAAUCACCCCUAUUAGCCACACGACUCAGGCCUGAGCAGUUGGGGUUCACCCCUUUCCUUGAAAAUCCUCCAUGAAUUAAGCACCCCCUCCCCAAAUCGUCGCUGGACCCUUAGCAAAUAGAAGCAGAUUUGAACAGGCCUCGCUGCCUCUAGUGCUGGCUGCCAUCUCUUUGGGCUGCUUGGGCACCCCCUUAGGACAGCUUGUCACAUCUGAGACACCCCAACCACCCCACCCCAGCCCCUGCUGCCUUCAGGAAAAUAUGAGGCCUGAGCUCUGCCUUUCUCUUUGUUCCCAAUCGAUGGGAAUGGCCAAAAUAUACAUUGCCCUAGCAGUUUUUGACGUUUUAAUAAAUCCAGAGGGACCAGGCUUGAUUUAAACAACAGAA